CCUGGCCCUGGCCCUGGCCCUGGCCCUGCCCCCGCCUCUCCGCCCCUCCGCGCCCGGGGUGUCAUUGGACUGGGGAGACGCGAGCCAACUUCAGGCUGCUCGGAGGAAGCCCGUGCAGUCACCUGGGUGCAGGAGCGUUGCAGCCUCGGGCUCUCUCGCUGCAGGGAGAGCGGCACUCGCUGGCCUGGAUGUGGUUGGAUUUAGGGGGGCUCCGCAGCAGGGGUGUCGUGGCGUUGGCGAGCGCUGCAACAGGUAGACGCCGAGAGACGGACCCCGGCCGAGGCAGCUAUGGAGACCAAAGGCUACCACAGUCUCCCUGAAGGUCUAGAUAUGGAAAGACGGUGGGGUCAAGUUUCUCAGGCUGUGGAACAUUCUUCCCUGGGACCUACAGAGAGGACCGAUGAGAAUAACUACAUGGAGAUUGUCAACGUAAGCUGUGUUUCCGGUGCUAUUCCAAACAACAGUACUCAAGGAAGCAGCAAAGAAAAACACGAACUACUCCCUUGCCUUCAGCAAGACAAUAAUCGGUCUGGGAUUUUAACAUCUGAUAUUAAAACUGAGCUGGAGUCUAAGGAACUUUCGGCGACUGUGGCUGAGUCCAUGGGUUUAUACAUGGAUUCUGUAAGAGAUGCUGACUAUACCUAUGAUCAGCAGAACCAACAAGGAAGCAUGAGUCCAGCAAAGAUUUAUCAAAAUGUUGAACAGCUGGUGAAAUUUUACAAAGAAAAUGGCCAUCAUCCUUCCACUCUAGGUGGUGUGAACAGGCCCUUGAGAUCCUUCAUGUCUGACUCUGGGAGCUCUGUGAAUGGUGGGGUCAUGCGUGCCAUUGUUAAAAGCCCUAUCAUGUGUCAUGAGAAGAGCCCAUCUGUUUGCAGCCCUCUGAACAUGACAUCUUCAGUUUGCAGCCCUGCUGGAAUCAGCUCUGUGUCCUCCACCUCUGCCAGCUUUGGCAGUUUCACAGUGCACAGCCCUAUCACCCAGGGGACUCCUUUGACAUGCUCCCCUAACGUUGAGAAUCGAGGCUCCAGAUCGCACAGCCCAGCACACGUGGGCUCUCCUCUCUCAAGUCCAUUAAGUAGCAUGAAAUCCCCAAUAUCCAGCCCUCCGAGUCACUGCAGUGUAAAAUCUCCAGUCUCCAGUCCUAACAAUGUCACUCUGCGAUCCUCUGUGUCUAGCCCUGCAAACAUCAACAACUCAAGGUGCUCCGUUUCCAGCCCUUCCAACACAAAUAACAGAUCCACGCUUUCCAGUCCAACUGCUAGUACUGUGGGAUCUAUCUGUAGCCCUGUAAACAAUGCCUUCAGCUACACUGCUUCUGGCACUCCUGCUGGAUCCAGUGUGGCCCGGGAUGUGGUUCCUAGUCCAGACACACAGGAGAAAGGUGCUCAAGAGGUCCCCUUUCCUAAGAGUGAGGAAGUGGAGAAUGCCAUCUCCAAUGGUGUGACUGGCCAGCUUAACAUUGUCCAGUACAUAAAACCGGAGCCAGAUGGAGCUUUUAGUAGCUCAUGUCUAGGAGGAAAUAACAAAAUAAAUUCUGAUUCCCCAUUCUCAGUACCAAUAAAACAAGAAUCAACCAAGCAUUCAUGUUCAGGCACCUCUUUUAAAGGGAAUCCAACAGUAAAUCCAUUUCCAUUUAUGGAUGGCUCAUAUUUUUCCUUUAUGGAUGAUAAAGACUAUUAUUCUCUAUCAGGAAUUUUAGGACCACCUGUGCCCGGCUUUGAUGGUAACUGUGAAGGCAGUGGAUUCCCAAUGGGUAUUAAACAGGAACCAGAUGAUGGGAGCUAUUACCCAGAGGCCAGCAUCCCGUCAUCUGCUAUUGUUGGUGUGAAUUCAGGUGGACAGUCCUUUCACUACAGGAUUGGUGCUCAAGGUACAAUAUCUUUAUCACGAUCAGCUAGAGACCAAUCUUUCCAACACCUGAGUUCCUUUCCUCCUGUUAAUACUUUAGUGGAGUCAUGGAAAUCACAUGGUGACCUGUCAUCUAGAAGAAGUGAUGGAUAUCCAGUUCUAGAAUACAUUCCAGAAAACGUAACAAGCUCUACCUUACGAAGUGUUUCUACUGGAUCUUCAAGACCUUCCAAAAUAUGUUUGGUGUGUGGGGAUGAGGCUUCAGGAUGUCAUUAUGGGGUAGUAACCUGUGGCAGCUGCAAAGUGUUCUUCAAAAGAGCAGUGGAAGGGCAACACAACUAUUUAUGUGCUGGAAGAAAUGAUUGCAUCAUUGAUAAGAUUCGACGGAAGAAUUGUCCUGCCUGCAGACUUCAGAAAUGUCUUCAAGCUGGAAUGAAUUUAGGAGCCCGCAAGUCCAAGAAGCUGGGCAAGCUCAAGGGCGCGCACGAGGAGCCGCCGCCCGCGCCGCCGCAGAGCCCCGAGGAGGGCGCGCCCUACCUCGCGCCCGCGCAGGAGCCGCCCGUCCCCGCCGCGCUGGGGCCGCAGCUCGCCGCCGUGUCCCGCGCGCUCGCGCCCUCCCCGGUCACCAUCCUGGAGAGCAUCGAGCCCGAGGUCGUGUACGCGGGCUACGACAGCUCCAAGCCCGACACGGCCGAAAACCUCCUCUCCACGCUGAACCGCCUGGCGGGCAAGCAGAUGAUCCAAGUGGUGAAGUGGGCAAAGGUACUUCCAGGAUUUCGAAACUUGCCUCUUGAGGACCAAAUUACCCUAAUCCAGUAUUCUUGGAUGUGUCUAUCAUCAUUUGCCUUGAGCUGGAGAUCGUACAAACAUACAAACAGCCAAUUUCUCUAUUUUGCGCCAGACCUAGUCUUUAAUGAAGAGAAGAUGCAUCAGUCUGCCAUGUAUGAACUAUGCCAGGGGAUGCACCAAAUCAGCCUUCAGUUCGUUCGACUGCAGCUCACCUUUGAAGAGUACACUAUAAUGAAAGUUCUGCUGCUACUAAGCACAAUUCCAAAGGACGGCCUCAAAAGCCAGGCUGCAUUUGAAGAAAUGAGGACAAAUUACAUCAAAGAACUGAGGAAGAUGGUAACUAAGUGUCCCAGCAACUCUGGGCAGAGCUGGCAAAGGUUCUACCAACUGACCAAGCUUCUGGACUCCAUGCAUGAUCUGGUGAGCGACCUGCUGGAGUUCUGCUUCUACACCUUCCGGGAGUCGCAGGCCCUCAAGGUGGAGUUCCCCGCCAUGCUGGUGGAGAUCAUCAGCGACCAGCUGCCGAAGGUGGAGUCCGGCAACGCCAAGCCCCUGUACUUCCACAGGAAGUGACGGGCCACGGCCCGGAGAGCUUUGCCUUAAGUUUCCCCUGCUCGUCCACACCCCACGAAGGACCCGAGCAAUCCGGUUUUUAGCACGUGCUGGUUGAUUCCCACCCGAGCAGUUUCUCGAGUUUAGAAAUCACGUCAAGGGUUUGGAGCCGGGAAAGCAGCGCGACGUGGGUCUGGCGAGAGCCGAGCAGUCGGAAGGCGUCUCCCCCUCCGAUCCCCGCGCUUGGAAACGCGUUCCUGUUCCUCUGGAUGAAAAGCCAUAUCUAGUCAAUAACUCUGAUUUUGAUAUUUUAACAGAUGGAAGUUUUACCUACGCCAUGUAGUUUCUGGUAUCGUUAGCUUGUUUUAAAAGGGUUCAAGGACUAACGGACUUUUUAGAGCUUACCCUUGGUUGCACAUAAAACGUAUAAUCAAUAUGGGGCAUUAAUAUUCUUUUCUUAUUUAAAAAAAAAAAAACACACAAAAAGAAAAAAACCUGGAUUCCUGUUGUGUAAUAACAGAGCCCGUGGCGCGGAGUAGCCCCGCCCCCGCCCCCGAGGCCCCGCCCCCGAGGCCCACGUGCUGCUGCAUCACCGGUAGACACGCCCUUAGCAUCCGUUUAUUAUUUAACUAGAAUGGGUAAGAUGUUAAACAAAAUGCCUUGGUUCCAAUUUCUAGUAUCUAUUGUGUUGGCUUUACCAAUAAUUUUUUGCAGUCUUUUGCUGUGCUGUACAUUACUGUAUGUAUAAAUUGUGAAGGACCUGACAUAGGUGUAAGGAACUUUUGUAAAUGAGACACAAAAACAAAAAAAAAAAACAAAAAAACAAAAAAAACUUUAAUGGUUGAUAGGAUGAAGGGGAAAGUAUUUUUGAAAGAAUUCUAUUUUGCUGGAGACUAUUUAAGUACUAUCUUUGUCUAAACAAGGUAAAACUUUUUUUUGUAAAGUGAAAUGUUCUGCAUGCAUAAUGAACCGUUUACAGUGUAUUUAAGAAAGGGAAAGCUGUGCCUUUUUUAGCUUCAUAUCUGAUUUACCAUUUUACAGUCUCUGUUGUAAAUAACCACACUUAAACCUCUUUGGUUGUCUCUAAGCCUUUCUACUUUUUCUGUACUUCUGUUUUGUCUUUGGUCUCCCGCCGGGGUGUUCGUGGGACGAGGGCCCGCCUCCGGCUCCUGCUCCAUCCUGCUUCCGUCGGGGAUCGACUUGCUGUGGUGUCUGCAGCUCCUCGCAGGUGUCACGUGACAACACGCAUGUGAGACAGUGUCCCAGGAGUGCUGCGGCUUAGGAGAGCUGCCCCCCGCCCCUUUCCUCCCGGAGCAGAGAAUCCGCCCCCGGAGCGCAAGGCUGGAAUGCGAUGGGCCAGAGAGCCUAGUCUCCUUCCUUCUUAGAAAAAUCACAUUUCCUCCUUUGGGAAAGAAACUCCGUGCACUUUCUACACCUGUAAGAGGCUGGUCUGGGAAAGGAGUUCUGCACUCCUGUAACCGGUCGUGGGGACACGUAGGCCAUUGCAGGACGCACUGGGAAGAUGCCUUGUGGCACGGUUCGGUCAGAAGGGCGUGGAGACCGCACGAUAAUUAGAGGGUUUUUAGAUUUUUAAAAGGUAGGUUUUAAAAAUUUUAUACAUAAACAGUUUUGGAGAAAAAAAAAAACUACAGAUCAUAUAAGCAAGACAGUGGCACUAAAAUUUUUAAUUCAUUAAUCUGUUUGGCACUGAUGCAAUUUAUGGCUUUUCUCUUGCCCCAGAUCACAAACCUAUAUAUCUUUGGGGAAACUUAACGAUAUGAUUGCACUAAAUAAACUACUUUGAAUAGAGGCCAAAUUAAUCUUUUAAAAGUGAUGAUAAUCAUCAGGUACUCAGUGAAAUCAUAUUAUUUUCCAGAACCUAAAAGCUGUAGCUGGAGAAGCCCAAGGCCAGGAGAAGGCAGCGUUGGGAUCCACACUUUUCUCCAGGGUUCACCAUGCAGGCAACAUUACCUUGUCUCUCAGAAGACACCUGCCUUAUGCAAGGGCGAACCUGUGAAAGCUGCAUUCAGAGGGAGGAGUUUUUCUUACAUAAUUUGCAAUUUCAGUAAUUUAAUUUAUAGGCAGAUCUUUAAAUACAGUCAACUUACAUGCACAGCAAUAUGAAAGCCACACUAGGAAGGUGAUAAAUACACAGCAUGCAGACUGGGAGCUUCUAGAAAAGAAAUGGCUUACAAGAGCAGCUUUUAGCUCAGACUUAGGUUUUAUGAAAUUGGAAUUUCAGUGUAACCAGGUUUGGGAUGGAGACAGUCUGCAUCAGCUUUUUUUGUAUUAACAAAGUUACUGGCUCUUUAUGUGUCUCCAGGUAACUUUGCUUGAUUAAACAGCAAAGCCAUAUUCUAAAUUCACUGUUGAAUGCCUGUCCCAGUCCAAAUUGUCUGUCUGCUCUUAUUUUUGUACCAUAUUGCUCUUAAAAAUCUUGGUUUGGUACAAUUCAUAUUUCACCAAAACUUCUUCAUAUAAUUAAAAAACACUAAAUUAGUUUAAAAUGAAGCAAUUUAUAUCUUUAUGCAAAAACAUAUGUCUGUCUUUGCAAAGGACUGUAAGCAGAUUACAAUAAAUCCUUUACUUUAAUCACC